CCCGCUACAAUAAGAAAACGAGCACAAUGCUGGUUUCAUCUCUCCAACUCCAAACACCCAAAACCCCAACUCCCCUUUACCUCAAAUUCCGCACUUCUCACCGUGAAAACAUUCGGUACCUCAAAGCCCUAGGCAUUAUAGACCCCAAUGCUAAGCCUCACAACCUCCCAUCCCCUCAAGCUGUCGACCAAGUCCUAUCCACCAUUAGCUUCCUCAAGUCCAAGGGCAUUCAUGACCAAGACUUCUCCCGCCUCGCCUUUCUUUGUCCACAACUCUUCUCCAACAACUUUGAUACCUCUGAAAUUGAACCUGUUUUCGAUUUCAUGAUCACUGACUUGCAUGCUUCUGUCCAAGAAUCACGCGGUUUGAUCGUUAACUGCCCUUACAUCUUGUUUUCGGACGUUGAAUAUUGUUUGAGGCCUACCCUUGAGUAUCUCAGGGGACUAGGAGUGGAGAAACUGAAUGUGCCAAACAAACAGAAGGCUUUUCUUUUGAAUACUAGGGUGGAGAAGCUCAGGGUCAAGAUUAGGUUCUUGAGGAGCAUAGGAUUGAGAUAUGAAGAGGCUGCAAGUUUUUGUGCUAGAAUGCCAGCCAUAUUUGGGUACAAUAUUGAUGAUAACUUGAUGCCCAAGUAUGAGUUCUUGGUGGGAGAAAUGGAGAGGAGUUUGGAGGAAUUGAAGGAGUUUCCACAGUACUUUGGGUUUAGUUUGCAUAAGAGAAUAGCACCGAGGCAUUGGCAUUUGAAGCAGAGGAAUGUUACCGCCAAGUUGAAUAGGAUGCUGUUAUGGGGUAACGAAAAAUUUUACUCAAAAUGGAAGUGAAAUCUGGGGUAAUUAUUCCUCGGAUCCUCUAAUCAUAUACAUAUUCAUGUACCAUUUCUCUUUUUUUUUUUUUCAGUAUUUUACCAAAAGAAUCGUAAAAUACUUAAUAUACUGAAAUUCAGUACAGUUCAGUGGCUGCUAAUGAAGAUGAAAUUUAGUCCUAAAAUCUAUCUUCCUUACCAUUGCCAUCUGUGGAUUUCACAAUUUUGGCUAGCUCCAAAACACCCUACAGGCUAUACUUGACUUUGAAUGCAGAACAGGCAAAGAUAUGCAUAGAUCUAGAGAAAAGCUGAACUAGAAAGCCUAGAAAUAGA